AUGCCUGAUAUGAAGGGAGAAUGCUCAGCUAAACACCCCGAAAAGGUCUUGCUCGCACUACCACCAGUCUACCAAGGAAAAGGUUCAUAUACUGAGACUCCGAGGGGAUAUCGCGACAUCCAAAUCUCUAUGCCUGGAUCGCGGUCAAAAUCAAUCGAUGUGAUUCAAGUGGACACAACAGCUCUGCCUCAGCCAUUCCUUGACCCAACAGUGUUCAGGCAGUGGCAGACCAAAUCCUGA